AGGUCUUAUAAGUAUAUGAUGUUUGCUUCUAAGAUGCCAUCCCUACGGAUAGAUCAGAGUGACCUCAAAUGCAAGAAUGGGUGUGAUUAUUUUGGGAAUCCACAAUGGCAAGGAUACUGUUCAAAAUGUCACCGAGAGCAGCUGCAGCGGCAGAGAAGAGCAGAAAAAGCAUCAUCAGCAACUCUACCUAAGCCAGAACAGAAGAAACCGGAGCGCAGUUCGAAGCUCACGUCGCAUUAUUCUUUUUCAAAAUUCGAAGAGAAGAAACUCAAGCAGAGUGAAACUUUGAAGAAAGCCAACCUACUUAAAUUCAGCGUUUUUAAAAAGAGCAGCCAAGAUGACCACGAACAAGCAGCGGAAAAGCGGCCGCCGGAAUUCAAGAUCCCCGCCAUGGUCAACGAGGGUAUGAAGAGGGAUUUUCGGGUCCGUUUCUCGUAUCUUACGCCCCAGAUAGACAGGGACGCAAGAAUAUUCGCGCAUAACUUCAUCAUGGACGUAAUUAAAUGCUCCAAUGUUAUGACCGCGGAUGAACUAUCGGAGAGGGUCCAGAGGCAGUAUCAGUUGCUUGGCAUGGACGCGGCGCAGUCGCCGGGCGGCAAGGUGGCGCGCGUGCGGCGCGCGUGCCGCCACGUGCUCGCGCUGUGCGGCGCGCCCGCCUCCGCCGACGACCUGCUGCCCGCGCUCAUAUUCACCGUGCUGAAGGCCAACCCGCCGCGCCUUGUGAGCAACAUCAACUUCGUGUCCCGCUUCUGCAACGCGCAGCGCCUGAUGACCGGCGAGGGAGGAUAUUAUUUCACCAAUUUGUGUUGUGCGGUCUCAUUUAUUGAGAACUUAACAUCUGAGUCUUUGAAUAUGGACAAGAAGGAGUUCGACUGUUACAUGGCGAUGCCCGCAUCUCUUGGCGGCAGUACUUGGGCCGCCGCACUAUCGCUAUGUGGCGCGUCCCGCGAGGCGGAGGAGCAAAAGCUGCAAGUGGAACAGCUCUUGCAGGAGACCAACAGCUUGAAGAUGAAGGCUGACGAGUUAGCAGCAAACGCUGAGACUUUUGAGAAAGAAAUCGCGAAGAAAGUGCAAGAUGUUUUAUCAAAAACGCCUCUGGAAAUAAAACCCCGGCGCGAGUUGCCCCGCCUCGCCUCAUUGAAAUCUACUGGUGUUUUAAUUGAAUUUGAUACUGAAAAACAGUCACAGAACGAACUACCACAUGCUUCAAAUGAUACGCAGUCUAAUGCAGAAGAUAAGAAAAAUAUUGCAGAAGUACAACCUCAAAUUCAACAAUCAUUCAGUAAUGGGGUACUUGCUAACACUGGUGUGGAACAAGAUCAAACAGAAAUGGUUUCCAAUCCACAAACAAGCCAAAGUCUCUCUGUGAAUAUUCAAGACAUCCAAGAAACAGACCAGUUUGAAGAUGACACCCAAAUACCACAGUCUUCUGAAAUACCCAUCCCCAAAAUAAAAGACGCCGAACCUAUCAUAACGCUGUCACGAACACCGGACGAUGGUAAAUCCCCACCUAAAUCGCCUCAGAAUCCUUGGGAAUUGAAACAGACCAACUCCCUUGAACUCCUUACGCCCUCCCCACUUGGCUUCACACCUUUCGAUUCAAGAUCCAUAGAUGAACUAAUGACCCCAGAUGAAUUUGGUAGUGACCAAGCUCCAGGUCUCAGUAACAUCAACUAUGACAUAGAUUUAUCAGAUUUUAGCGGCGAUAACAGUCUUGCUGACGAUGCCCCGAGAGAGCCAAAGGACCCAUUCAGCCCUGAUCCCAAGAAACAGUACUAUACAUUCGAACACAGGGACCCAUUUAGCCCGGUUUUGGAUAAAUUCGAUGAAUUCAGCCUUGUAGAUACGAAAACCAACGAGUCCUCUGAGGCAUUUGAAGUUAUUCAUAGAGCUUCGUCAAGCAGGGAUCCGUUUAGCCCUGAAAUAAGGGACCCAUUCAGUCUGGAAAGGCCGCCAGGGUCUAUACUGGACGAUAAUCAAUCACCAACCUCUGCUUGUCUAUUGCCAUCGCCAUUGAUACCACAGACUAGCAAACCCAAUUAACUCUGGGAAUAAUCCUUAGCAAAUGUCGGUUAUAGCAAAUGGUUAACGAAUUAUUUAUGAAUUCAUUACUUGAAGUAUUCUGGAUGAAAUCUAGAUGGGAAAUUAAAUAGUAUUAAUCUUCAUGAGAGCAUUACUGGGUCUUAACUAAUAGGGGUUGGCUAAAGUAACAGUUUGUAUUUUAUUAGUUUUCAGGGGCUAUUCAAUUCAUUUCUUAGAAACAACAAAUGCAUUACCAAGUAUAUUCCAAAAUAAGAUGUUACUAUGUUAACAAACAUCUUGUGUUUGUUUGUUCGAAUGCAUUAAUCUCAGGAACUACGGGACCGAUUUCAAAAACUUUUUUACCAUUGGAUUUGUAGGUGAUCCUCGAGUGCUAUUAUUAUGUUCUACGGGUAAAGUCGGGGCAUAAUAACUGUGAAAGUAUGUUGAAACUACUGAACGGAUUUUAAUGAAAUUUGGUAUACAGUCAGGAUAUGCGAUGACGUGGGUGAUAGGAUACUUUUAUCCCGAAUAAAUGCUCCCUUGGAAUAAAGCAGGAUUUCUGAUAUCCGGCGAAACCGCGACGAGCGUCUAGUAAAUAAUAAAUAUAUUAAUAUUAUUAUCACAUCUUGUAGUCUUCGUUGUCAUUUACGAAUAUGAAGUGCAUACUUUUUGAAAACCCGUUGUCUUUGUUGAAAUAUUGUGUGAAUAUUUUAUGGAAUAAUAAAAUUGUUAUUACAGAA